GUGACUUUUUGUGUCAGCCAUUUUAAAGAUUUUCAACCAAAUUUUCUUCCAACGUUAAAUGAGGUGUUUUUUGUGUUAAUAUGUUGGGUUUAAGACGAAUUAACAUUCAAUUCGGUAAACGAAUUCUAACCCGUAACCGAAGCGAUGGUAUUAAACCAGCCGUUAACCCAGAUCCUCCACAAUUUGGAAACGACCCCACAAUAGCAAAGUCUAGUACAUCUCAAAGCACGUUUAGCGAUGUAAAACAAGACGUGGACCUUUCAAAGCUUUACGUAAAAGUCGGCCAAGUCGAAGGAAUUCAAAGUAUAUCUGAGUCGAUUUUUAAAACUGCUGCACCUUUUGAUGAAGUUCCUGGUCCACCUUUUUUGAAAAGUUUAGCCAAGUUUUGGUCGUUUGUCCCGGUUGUUGGUACUCAAGUUACUGCUAGUACAGUUCAGUACUUGUUAAGUGCCGGUAAACUAUUUGGGAGCCAAUUAAGUUGGGGAAAUAAUCUAUGGUUAUUCAAAUAUCUUUUGGAUGAAUACGGACCCGUUGUUCGUCUUCACGGUCCUUUUGGUGGAGAUGUGGUAAUUGUUAGUCGUCCGGAACAUGCCAGUAUGGUUUUUCAAAAUGAAGGUCCUUAUCCCAUUCGAGCCACAUUGGAUUGUGUUGAAAAAUAUCGAUUGCAAUAUCGUAAAUAUAAACAUUCAGGACCUUUUCUUAUGUAUGGACCCGAAUGGGAAAAGCUAAGAAAAUCAAUUGAAGAACCUCUUUCUUCAGCCUUAACAAUUCAAUAUGAUAAAUUAGAUAAAACUUGUCUCGAACUUGUUGAUAGAAUUGUCAGCAUUCGAAAUAAACAACAAGAAGUUCCAAAAGAAUUUCUUAAUGAAAUCCAUAAAUGGAGUCUUGAAUGCCUUUUUGCCGUCAUGUUUAAUCGUCGAAUCGGUUUCUUAGAUGUUCGUGGAUUAAGCACUACAUCAGAGCCUGGAAUUGUUCUGGAGAGCUUAACCGGGGCAACUAAUGCAAUUAGAAAAUGUGAAUCAGGUUUUCAUUUAUGGAAAUUUUUUGAGACCCCAUCCUGGAAAUCAUUAAAGGUCCAUUGUGAUACCAUCGAUAACGUCUUAACAAAAUACAUAAGAAAAGCUCAAGAUAAAUUGAGGGAAAAAAAAAAUAUUGGAGUUGAUUUACGCCCCGAAGAAAUGUCAUUAAUGGAAUAUGUUUUAUUGAAAGAAUCAAUAGUUCCAGAUGAUAUGCAAACCAUUUUACUUGAUAUGAUGUUAAUUGGAGUCAACACUACAUCCCACGCAAUCGCAUUUUUAUUAUAUCAUUUAGCAAGAUAUCCGAGAGCUCAACAAAAAUUAUUCGAUGAAAUCAAAGAUUUACCAAUGCAAAUCGAUCGAGAUACAUUGAAUUCACUUCAAUACAUGAAAGCUUGUAUUAAAGAAAGUCUUCGUCUUCAACCCCCAAUGCCCAUUUUAAAUAGAAUUUUGACUAAAGAUAUUUUAGUUCACGGUUAUAAAAUACCUAAAGGUACUUACAUGUUAAUCGCAACGAAACUUUCGAGUCUUCGAGAGGAACAUUUUGAAGAUGCCGUUAAGUUUAAACCGGAAAGAUGGUCGCAAAUUGAUGCCAAAGAUAUGGAAUGCAUGGCUACGAUUCCUUAUGGUUAUGGGGCGAAAGCUUGCUUAGCUAAAGAAUUGGCUGAGGUUCAAGUGGGGUUACUUUUGUUUAAGAUUUUGAAGCAGUUCAGAAUUGAAUACCAUUACGGAGAUAUUCAAAGCAGCAAUAAUUUAAUUGCAUCGCCAAAUCGUCCGUUGCAAUUCAGAUUUGUUGAUCGUAUUUGAGUCUAUUUUUCGAGUUGUUUGUAAAAAUUAAAAAAAAAAAAUUGUUUAAUUUAAAGCCGGUUUGUUUCUUGGUCCGAUUUAGGUUGUAGUUUAUUUUUAAGUUGGUUAUUUAUUUAAAUUGUUAUGGAGAUAAUAAAUAAAGUUUUUCUUUA